AUGUCGACGCAACCACCGAACAGUGAGAAGGUCAAUUCGGCACAAGAGCCUGUUUUCCAAAAACAAAAUCUCACUGUGCAAUUGGAUGAGAUUUGUGUACAGGUUAGACAACACAUACCUUGUGUGUUUUAUGUUUAUAUCUAUGUAGCCAGGUAUUGAGAACAUCAAUGCAAAUUAAUUAAUAUAGCUUAAAUUGUCAGUGUUGUGGGUCUGCUAUAAACUGGAAUCAUUGUCAUCAUGAUGUAUUAUGCUUUUCAAGAUUCUCCCAAGGACUGAGGUUGCGGCAGAUCGACCUCAUCAGUGAUGACAUUGCGGGAUCAUCAAGAACCCUGUCAAAAAUGUCGAAGACCAUGAGAGAGGUCUGCAAAAGAGCCAUGAAAAAGCUGCAGAGAAGGAAAAGACAGCGAAUAGGGGAGAGGAGAUACUUUGUAGCUAUAGAUGAGAGUCACUUCAGGCAUAAAAGAAAGGUAAUAACUUUAGUAUAAUCCAAAUUAAGUUGACAAUCAGAACCAUAUUAUCACUCACUGUAGAAAAAUAAAAAUGGACUAUGUUAAAUGAUGAUUAUGAAAGUGAAUUGUCUGGUGACUUCUGCUCAAGACAUGCUUUUUUUUUAACUCGAUAUCAAUGUCUUGUUGUUUUCAAAUCUUCAGUAUGGAAGGGGCAGAAUGGCUGGGGCCUGGAAAAGAAAAAAGUGGGUCUUCGGAAUGCUGGGAGUGCGGCGCAGAGGACAAAGCAAAGGGAAACAUGUGCUCCGCUUGGUGGAGAGGCGAAGCAGAGCCACGCUAGUGCCGUUAAUUAAUCUGUACAUCAGGAGAGGGUCAACCAUCAUUAGUGAUGAGUGGCGAGCUUACAAUGCUCUGCCUCAACUAGGCUACAGGCACUAUACAGUAAACCACAGUGUUGCCUAUGUGAAUCCAGUAACAGGGGCCCACACCCAACAUAUAGAGAGAGCCUGGAGAACAUAUAAGGAAAAGAUCUGGCGACUUAGAGGAAACUGCUCAGAGGAGCUUCUUGAAGACCACCUUUUAGUCAUUGAGUGGGAAGACUGGCUUGCAAGGAAACACCGACAUGGCCCCUUAGGUCGUCUACUGCAUGACAUGCGGGUCAGGCAGGGACAUUUCUACCUCAUGGUGGAGACUCAAGUAGCUUCUACUGACUAAUGACCCAGUCAUCAAAUUAAUGGCUCUGAGCCUUAUGGGUGGGUAAUUGAUUGAAGAUUAGUCGUGUGUGUGAACUGCUCCCUCUUAUUUAUUUUAUUUAUUUUUUACAUUUUAAGUGUUUUCUGUAUGUUUUAUAAACAAACAUAUUUUAUUUGUUUAAAUGAUAAUGUGAGCUGUUCAGGGUAAAUGUUUUAUCAAUUUAUAUUGGAAUUAAAUGUUAAAUGCUUUUCUCUACACCGUUACGUCUGUCACAUUUAUUGUGGUACAAGAUUGUUUAAAUCUUUCACUGAUCAUUGUGUUAAACGUGAAAUAAUGUAGAAUACUUGGUCUGUAAGGCAGCCUCUUGGACUAGUUGGACAGGGCACGCCAUAACAUAUGCAAAUGUUUUUUAUAUUUUUUAAUCCUUAGCACUGUCUCACAAAUCAUUUGCGAAACAAGAGAAUUCUAGUCGUGUGUCGUGUCAGCACCCAUGAAGGCCGGGAAGUUUGUAACAGGUAAGUAGAAAGUCCACAUUAACAAAUGCUUUAUAAAACAUUACUAAUACAUCUAUAAAUCAUUGGUAUAUGUUAUCAAGAGCCCUAAUGUAAAGUGAAGACAAUUCAUUAUUUACGAAUGUCUGUUAAAUGUGAACAAACGUGGUGGCGACAUUAACAAAUACUUGUAAAUAAUGAAUAGUUUUCACUUUACAUUAGGGCUCUUGAUGACAUCAACUACUGAUUUAUAGGUAUUUAAGGAAUGUUUUGUAAAGCAUAUAUUAAACAUGAACAAACACUGAGGUUGCCUUAAAUGACAGUUAUAAAUAAUGAAUAGUCUUCACUUUACAUUAGGGCUCUUAAUAACAUCUACUGAUGGUUUAUAGAUAUUUAAGGAAUGUUUUGCAAAGCAUAUAUUAAACAUGAACAAACAUUUAAGUCACCUUAAUAGACCUUAUUUAAGGGUAACUUAUCUACAAAUAGAAUAUAAAUAAUGUAUAAUUUUAAUUACAAAUGAUUUAUUAAUCAUUUACAGACGUAUAUAAAUGGUUUGUUCAUGAUUAAUUUACUACUUACUAAUGCCUUAAUAACAACAUACAAAUGAUGUUUAAACAGUUUGUAAAUGUAAAGUUAUACACUUACAAAUGUCAAUAAACAGUUUGUUCAUGUUUACUAAUCAUCUACAAACUGCUUGUAAAUGUUAAUAAAUGCUUUAUAACAGGUGGUCAUUGUAAAGUGCUACCGAACUUGGUUUUAUUACACAGCUUGGAGGACUGGUGCUUCUGUUAUUUCACAGAAUAUGAAAUUUCAGUAACCAAAAUGUUGCCAGCUGAUGGGAAACUUGUUCAUGUGAAAUGUGGUCUUUGCAGGUGUCCGAAUGUAUAGUCUGCCAGGCCGGCCAGCAAACGGUCAAAAAGGAGGUGGAGUAUACCCCUAUAAAGGUAAACAUAUUUUAGAUCAACAUUUUCUUCCACGGCUUUGCUCUGAGUCCUGGGGUCACAGAGGAAGCUCUAAAAACAUGUAAAUUGAAAUAUAAUAGAAAGGAUAAUUACUACUUCUACACAACAGCAUGUUAACAUAUUAACAUAGAAGUUGGCAUUUGUUUUUAUUUACACCCAAUAACUAAUUCAAUUGUCCCUAGGAAUGCUGCUCCUAAUCUGAUGUUCUUUUUUAUGCUUUUUUAGGUCAAGCACCCAUUUGAACUCGUUGGCAUGGAUCUGGUUGGGAAAUUGACCAAAACAAAGAAUGAUAAUCAAUACAUCUGCGUGAUGAUUGAUUAUUUUACAAAAUGGCCACAGGCCUAUCCGUUAAAAUCGAAAAAUGCAGCAGAGGUGACCGAGUGCAUUGUAAAAAUUUUUCAUCAGUUCGAGGCACCAAAAAGGAUUUUAACUGACCAGGGGACAGAAUUUGUGAAUGAGGUAAAUAUGGAAACCUUGACAACUAUUUGACAGAAUUCAUUUAACUGUGUGUAUUAUAACAGCUUCUAAAUAUAAGUAUUCCCACAUUCAUUUUUAAAUAUCAACUUUCCUGUGGUUGAUACAAAAUGGUACAUAUCCUGUAAAAAAUGCUUCCCUUCACAAUCCUGCACCUUCCGAACAAAAUAUUUAAUCAAAACUAUGUUUUACUGUUUAAGACUUUUGUGUACUUUACAUUGACAGAUUAACAAGAGCGUGUGUGCAAAGCUGGGGAUCCACCGGAGCCUUUGUGCUCCCUAUCAUCCCCAAACAAACGGUUUGGUGGAAAGGAUGAAUGGGACCAUCCAAAGGUGAGGAAUACAUAGGUCCAAAAUUUUCAAGGGUCAUUCUAUUCAUUUAACAUGACCUAUGUGGUCUUCAGUUUACACUAGUACAAUGUAAAUGAGGGAUUUUCGACAAAUGCAAAUUUUAAUUUAAAAUUUAAUUGUGUUUAUUUUUUCAGGGCUCUCGGCAAGCUGGUGGGCAACAAUCCAGAAAAAUGGGACGAGUAUUUGGAUGCCGUGAUGUUUGGGAUCAGAACAAAAAAACAAAUUACAGCAUCAAACUCCCCUUACUUUCUGAUGUUUGGGAGAGAGGCCCGGUAUUCAUCGGAUAUCCCUGAGGACUACAGGGUUAGUGAAAAAAUCCUAAAAUGAUUUUAUUACAAGUUUUAAUGUUCUGUAAAUGCAACCGGAAGCAGUGUCAGUGCAAAGCAAAUCAAGCUAUAUUGUCUUCUAUAAAAGACAUUUUACAAAAUCUCCUGCUAAAUGAUUUUCUUUCACAGUUGGACAGCAGUGUUGAGGCUGUUGUGGGAGAGGAAGCUCUGUCGGAGGACAUUGAGCGGCUGGAAGGUGUUAGGGCUAUUGUCCAAAGGAAUGUGGAGAAGCAGCAGGAGAAGACACGGCGGAGACUACAAUCAGGUGCUCCAAAGGUAGAAUUCAAAGUUGGAGACCAGGGGCCUCAUUUAUAAAACCUGGCGUAGAAUCCAUACUAAAAGUGUACGUAAGUUGAAAAGCUGAAAAGUGCGUAGGCAAAAAAAAAAUCUGAUUUAUAAAACCCUGCCUACGCACACCUGCACGCACUUUCCCUUUAUAAAUCACAGACCAGCUGGAAAGUUGCUCAGCAGGGAUUUGAUUCUUCCCCGCCCUCUCCACACCCAAAAUUCACCAUGUAUGGUCAUGCAAAUUACCUCAUGAAUGUGAUUUGCAUGUAGAUAAGCCUGGUGGAUCCACGGCAUUUCACGCUUAACCAUGGCAUCAGCAAGUCGUAGAAAAAGAAACUUUUCAGACAUCGAGGUGGAGGUUCUUGUAAAUGAGGUGGCGGCGAGACGGGAGACCUUAUUCGGCGGCCAUUCGAGUGGCAUCACCAAUAAAAACGCCGUUGCCGUGGUGGCAAUUGCGGCUGGCACUGAGCGCAGCAUUGUCGAAACAGUGUUGUUUUCGUCAUAUUUCGUCAAAUAUUUUCGUCAACACCAGCGUCAAAAAGAAAUAUUUUCAUCAACGAGAACAACACUGGUUGUUUUUGUUUUGAUGGAAAUAUUUCCCUUUUCUUCCACGACGAAGACGUAACGUUGACGAGCUAAACAUAAGUCGGAGAUGACUAAAAUGUGACGAGACGAAAGUGCGUUUACGUUGAUGGGACGAGACGAAAAUGACGAACAGAGUUGCAAAACUCAGUCAGUUACACGCUAAACAUAUAGGAGCAGCUUCUGUCUGCUCUGACAGCUGUCAUCAGCCCGCUGUGCUCCUCCAACACAGAGACACACACGCACGCGCGCGCGCAAACACGUGGAGUUUUGUUUUCGUUGACGAUGACGUAGACGAAAACAACACUGUGCCGAAAUCAAGAAGAAGUGGUCUGAUCUAAAGGUGGAGGCAAAGAAAAAAGUGGCUUUGCACCAUCAGAGCGUGGCGGCGACAGGUGAGAAUACAUGCACGUGUGACACUCGUGCAUGUGUUCAAAAAAAAAAAACGCUCCGUUAUCCACCGCUGCUUAUGUGGUGAAAGUUCAUAAACCAAAAAGAUUUAGUCAUAUUAAUCUUAAAACAAAUGCAUGUAAAUGGAAUUUGUUUUUUUGCACAUUUGUAAAUUCAAAUUGGCAAACUAUCUACACCGCCACAGUGGGGUCUGCGCUUUCUGCGAGCAUCACUGCCUGGUACGGCAGCUGCAGCUCUCAGGACAGAAAGGCUGCAUCGAGUCAUCCGUUGUGCUGAACGCAUCACCCGGACUACUCUCACCUUGCUCCGAUUGUCUCCAAAAAGUGCGUAAGCAAGGUGUGGAGUUUGCUUAAAGUUGCGCACAUUCCUACACUAGUUUUUCUUUUAUAAAUCCCAACUCUUGCGUAAGAAGUGGCAUACGCAAUUUCUAGCCAGGUUUUGUGCGUAAGCAAGCUUUAUAAAUGAGGCCCCAGGUCUGGCGGCAGAAUAUAAGGAACCAGCAGAGGAAGGGUGGAAAGCUGGAGGCAAACUUCCUUGGUCCUUUUACCAUCACAGCACUGCAGGGAAAAAGUGCCAAUCUCAAGGGAGAGGGUGGUGCAGUGUUUCCGAAGGUAAAUGUUGACCACCUCAGCAGAGUAAGGCAGGAGGAGACACGUAUUCCACAUAAGAUAAAAUCUUCCGUGGCCCACCUGACCCUGCUUGUCCGGGACUACAACAACAUCAAUGCAGAUAAGGCUGAGGUCAUCGACAGCUUUAUGAUGACUGCAAUUUGUCAAGGAAAAACACCAAGACUCAGGACUGUAUGUAGUGGACUGUUACACUAUGCACGUGGAAUUUGUUUCUCUGAUUAUGCAAUUAAUGUUCAUUAG